UCCCACAGAAACACUGAUGGAUUCUACCACGGCGACGGCUGAGCUGGGCUGGAUGGUGCAUCCCCCAUCAGGGUGGGAAGAGGUGAGCGGCUACGAUGAGAACAUGAACACUAUCCGCACAUACCAGGUGUGCAAUGUCUUUGAGUCAAGCCAGAACAACUGGCUGCGGACCAAAUUCAUCCGGCGCCGUGGCGCCCACCGCAUCCACGUGGAGAUGAAGUUCUCAGUGCGUGACUGCAGCAGCAUUCCCAGCGUGCCCGGCUCCUGCAAGGAGACCUUCAACCUCUACUACUAUGAGGCUGACUUUGACUUAGCCACCAAGACCUUCCCCAACUGGAUGGAGAAUCCAUGGAUGAAGGUAGACACCAUUGCAGCCGAUGAAAGCUUCUCCCAGGUGGACCUGGGUGGCCGCGUCAUGAAAAUCAACACUGAGGUGCGAAGCUUUGGUCCCGUGUCCCGCAACGGCUUCUACCUGGCCUUCCAGGACUACGGUGGCUGUAUGUCCCUCAUUGCUGUGCGUGUAUUCUACCGGAAGUGCCCCAGAGUCAUCCAGAACGGUGCCAUCUUCCAGGAGACAUUAUCAGGGGCUGAGAGCACUUCACUGGUGGCUGCUCGGGGCAGCUGCAUCCCCAAUGCUGAAGAAGUGGAUGUGCCCAUCAAACUUUACUGUAAUGGGGACGGCGAAUGGCUGGUGCCCAUCGGUCGCUGCAUGUGCAAGGCAGGCUUCGAAGCUGUGGAGAAUGGCACUGUCUGCAGAGGUUGUCCAUCAGGAACCUUCAAGGCCAACCAGGGGGAUGAGGCCUGUACCCACUGUCCCAUCAACAGCCGGACCACCUCCGAGGGCGCCACCAACUGUGUAUGCCGCAACGGUUACUACAGGGCUGACCUGGACCCCUUAGACAUGCCUUGUACAACCAUCCCCUCGGCGCCCCAGGCUGUGAUCUCUAGCGUCAACGAGACGUCCCUCAUGCUGGAGUGGACCCCACCCCGAGACUCGGGGGGCCGUGAGGAUCUUGUCUACAACAUCAUCUGCAAGAGCUGCGGCUCCGGCCGGGGCGCCUGCACCCGCUGUGGGGACAACGUGCAGUAUGCACCCCGCCAGCUGGGCCUGACCGAGCCACGCAUCUACAUCAGUGAUCUGCUGGCACACACGCAGUAUACCUUCGAGAUCCAGGCUGUAAAUGGCGUCACCGACCAGAGCCCCUUCUCACCCCAGUUCGCCUCUGUGAACAUCACCACCAACCAAGCAGCGCCGUCGACUGUGUCCAUCAUGCACCAGGUGAGCCGCACUGUGGACAGCAUCACCCUGUCGUGGUCCCAGCCAGACCAGCCCAACGGUGUGAUCCUGGACUAUGAACUACAGUAUUAUGAGAAGCAGGAGCUCAGUGAGUACAACGCCACAGCCGUAAAAAGCCCCACCAACACGGUCACCGUGCAGGGCCUCAAAGCCGGCGCGAUCUAUGUCUUCCAGGUGCGGGCACGCACCGUUGCGGGCUAUGGGCGCUACAGUGGCAAGAUGUACUUCCAAACCAUGACAGAAGCCGAGUACCAGACCAGCAUCAAGGAGAAGCUGCCUCUCAUCGUCGGCUCCUCCGCGGCUGGCUUAGUCUUCCUCAUCGCCGUGGUCGUCAUUGCCAUCGUAUGUAACAGAAGACGGGGGUUUGAGCGCGCCGACUCCGAGUACACCGACAAGCUGCAGCACUACACCAGUGGCCACAUGACCCCAGGCAUGAAGAUCUAUAUUGACCCUUUCACCUAUGAAGACCCUAAUGAGGCAGUCCGGGAGUUUGCCAAGGAAAUUGACAUCUCCUGUGUCAAGAUUGAGCAGGUGAUCGGAGCAGGGGAGUUUGGUGAGGUAUGCAGUGGCCAUUUGAAGCUGCCAGGCAAGAGAGAGAUCUUUGUAGCCAUCAAGACCCUCAAGUCGGGCUACACGGAGAAGCAGCGCCGGGACUUCCUGAGUGAGGCAUCCAUCAUGGGCCAGUUCGACCACCCCAAUGUCAUCCACCUGGAAGGGGUUGUCACCAAGAGCACACCUGUCAUGAUCAUCACUGAGUUCAUGGAGAAUGGUUCCCUGGACUCCUUCCUCCGGCAAAAUGAUGGGCAGUUCACAGUCAUCCAGUUGGUGGGCAUGCUGCGGGGCAUUGCAGCCGGCAUGAAGUACCUGGCAGACAUGAACUACGUGCACCGUGACCUCGCUGCACGCAACAUCCUCGUCAACAGCAACCUGGUUUGCAAGGUGUCUGACUUCGGGCUCUCACGCUUCCUGGAGGAUGACACCUCUGACCCCACCUACACCAGCGCUCUGGGUGGGAAGAUCCCCAUCCGCUGGACAGCACCGGAAGCCAUCCAGUACCGGAAAUUCACCUCAGCCAGUGACGUGUGGAGCUAUGGCAUUGUCAUGUGGGAGGUGAUGUCCUACGGGGAACGGCCCUACUGGGACAUGACCAACCAGGAUGUCAUCAACGCCAUUGAACAGGACUACCGGCUACCUCCGCCCAUGGACUGCCCGAGCGCCCUGCACCAGCUCAUGUUGGACUGCUGGCAGAAGGACCGCAACCAUCGGCCCAAGUUCGGCCAGAUCGUCAACACGCUGGACAAGAUGAUCCGAAACCCCAACAGCCUCAAAGCCAUGGCGCCCCUGUCCUCUGGCAUCAACCUGCCACUGCUGGACCGCACGAUCCCCGACUACACCAGCUUUAACACGGUGGAUGAGUGGCUGGAAGCCAUCAAGAUGGGCCAGUACAAGGAGAGCUUUGCCAACGCCGGCUUCACCUCCUUCGACGUUGUAUCUCAGAUGAUGAUGGAGGACAUUCUCCGGGUUGGGGUCACCCUAGCCGGCCACCAGAAAAAAAUCCUGAACAGUAUCCAGGUGAUGCGGGCCCAGAUGAACCAGAUUCAGUCUGUGGAGGUUUGACGUUCGCCUGCCUCGGCUCGCCUCUUCCUCCACGCCGCCUCCUCAGCCCCGUCCGUCGGUCCCUCUGCUGCCCUGUCCACUGCAGGGCCAGCCACCUGCCCGGAGGCCACAAGGCAACAGGAAGAACCAAGUAGCAGCACUCUAGCCAACGAGACGACACCAAGAACCCAUGCAAGUCAAAGGAAUGAAAAGGGAAUGGGGGGAACACGCACCUAGAUCUGGGAGGGGGCGGGACAGGCAAGGACCAUUUGUUCAAAGAGGAUUCUCAUAAGGAGAGCAGUGAUGGUUCUUAGGGGAGAAAAGAACAGGGCUUGGGAGAUCCACGGGAUAUGUCCCACUGGAAGCCAGAGGCCUUUUCUCUCCAACUCCUUCUGGGAAGGUUGAGCUGGCCAGAGCCAAGAAACAUUUCCAGGAAAAUUAAUAUGAAGGGAAGAGAUGGGCCACCCUCCUCGCCUGGCCUUAGCUGUUUCUUGGAGCAUCACUAACGGCCCAGCCCUAGGCACGACGGGCAGAGAGAACAGGCAGCUGCCCCAGAUAGGGGAAGUCCAUUCCAGCUGCCACCAGCAGACAGGAGAACAGUUCUGUCUUGGGAGACCAUUUCAAAAACUCUGAGAGACUUUCUGCUAACGGUUCAGGAGGCAGAAGAGGAGAUCCUGGCCUCCCAGGGCACACUGAACAGGCCAGAUCUUCCUGAGGCCAGCCACCCAGAUCUGCGGCCGCAGGAGGCCCUGCCCUUCCCCGGGUGCCAGCUCCCCGCUCAGCCUCACCCUGAGGACGAUGCUGCGGGUGACCUGUCAUCAGCUACGACUGCCACUGAGAAGCAUUGAUCUUGGAUCUGGGUUUGUUUACAGCGAUUUGUGGACUGGGGGUAUUUUGAUCGGGGUGGCUUUGGUCUGGGGAGGGUUUGUUUGUUGGGUUUUUUUAAAUGACAAUGAAGAGACACUUUGACAUUUCCUAUCUUUUGAGGACUUGAUCCUUCUCCAGGAAGAAGGUGCUUUCUGCUUACUGACUUAGGCAAUACACCAAGGGCGAGAUUUUAUAUGCACAUUUCUGGAUUUUUAUAUGCUUUUCAUUGACACCCCUCCCUCCUCCCAACUGCUGCCAGGCCUCACCAAAGCCAACUGUCACAGGGCCACGCGGGCCAUUCAGAGACCUCAGUGAGACUGGGGGAGUGGAAAGAGUUUCACCAAGCAUCCCACCUUGGAAAGCAGGCUGGGGCGGAUGAGGACUCCGAGGCCCGAAGUCCUCCCUGCCUCCCUGUGCACUCUCAAGCUCUCUGCCCUGUUCUAUCCGGUACUUUGCAGGCAUAGAGGCCCCUUCAGGUUCCUGGGUGCUCUCCAAUGGCCAAAACCCAAUUUCACCUCUGGGAGCCUGGACCAGGCGACCCGGGACGUCAGGACCCUGAUCAUUCACUGUGACACCCCAGCCCUCCAAGGGUACCCCCCAGAGACCAUGUGACUCUCUCUCCCACUCCUUCUUUCCCUGAGGCCUUUGCCCAGGUCUGAAGGUCUUGGCCAGAGGAACAUCAUCAGCCAAGGGGUCUGGCCACAGAGUCUCCUGUGAGCAAAUGCAGGAACCUGAGCAGAACAAUCGGUUAGUGAAUUGAAUGGAAAUAAAGGCUUUAGUUAUAAAAUGACCCCUGUACUCUGUAAGUUCCAAGAAAAGACCCUGGCACUUUUGGGACCUGCCAAAUGACUUUUAAUGCUCUUGCAAGGGGCUCUUCCCAUUCCCCCAUGCUACCCACCCCCAUUCCAAGAUCCAAAAGGCCCAGGCUGAGGAAACUCAUAGAGAGAAGGGGAAAUGUAGCCUUCCUAGCCCAGGGUAAUCAGAAGCACAGGCAGGCAAUGGAUUGGCUCAGCUUUGUGUGUACAAUGCCUGGCACAGUGAGCCGCACAGCAGAUACGUAAGAAGCAAGGGUGCACACAAGACUCUCAGUAUCACCCUGCCAGAGGACAGGGACUAUGGGUAUUGGGUGAGCUGUGGUCCAGUGGUUGUGAUAUGGGGCCUGUGGACCCCCACUCAGCCACAGAUGUAAUCCCUUCACCCACACAGUGCUGCUUCCUGUGCUAAGGGCUCGGACUUACUGUGUGUGUGUGUGUGUGUGUGUGUGUGUGUGUGUGUGUGUGUGUGUGCACGUGUUCAGUAGGAAGAGGCAGGAAGUGUGUAUGCUGCAGAUAAGUCUGUCAAAGCGGGGAGGUAGCCUAGGGACACUUCAUCUCAGGACCUUUCCCUUUGUCUGAUGAGCAUCUUUGAGGAACCUGUCCAGUGGGGAAGACUGCGGCCACAGGCCACCAACAAAAGGCCCCGCAGUCAGCAAGGCCAUCAUAACCCAGCCUGUCAUCUGUCAUUCACCUGUUCUUAGAGCAGAGGGAGGGAAGGGAUUAGCGAGAAGACUUGUCCCUGGGGUGGGGACAGUGGGGCUAGCCACAGGGGAAGUAUUGGCAAGUUUCCCACAAAGCGGCCAACGGUGGCCCAUUGGCCAUCCCUUUAUGCCCCAAAGACGCCCAGCUCGGAUGGCAGCUGUCCCAGCACACAAGGUCACCUUCUGGUGGGAGCUGCCCUGAUGCUCUGUAGAUUAACUGUCCCCCCAGCCCACCUCCCACCGCUCCAGGGCCCCACGAGGCCUGGCAGUCAGUGUUUCCGUCAGAUGGCUUCCUGUCUUGAGCCAGUAGGCUGGUGUCUCCUAGCCAGCUCGCCUGCUCACCCACCCUCUAGCGCCCGGCGUGUUCACGGAGAGGCCUGGGACUCCACAUACCUGCUUUCAGAAUUUACGGGUGCUGUCCAGCCCCUCCGUCUCCUCUCCAGGGUGUGACAUCACUGUGGCUGUCCUGGGUAUAGGCACUGUCCCCUGCUCAAUCAUGGGGCAGUGUCCUCCCCCACAUCUCAAUGACUGCUCAGCAGGGAGUGGUAGGCCCUGCUGCCAAGCGCCUUCCACUAAGGCUGCCCACUCACAUGGGCACACAGCUUGGAGCUAUCUGCUGCCUAGCUACUAAUCCCUUCCUGGCUCUGCCUCCCCAAGCACCAGCUCCCACCUGCCCGGCAUCAGGAGCCGCUUCCGGCUGCUCAGUGCAGGCUUGUUCCUUGAGGGAAGAAAGCUGUCUUGUGAACCUAAGCCAGGGCACCGUGGAAAUGGGGCCAGCUGCUCCGGGAGAGUAGGGCUGGCAGAGCCACACUAAGUAAGAGGGAGCUGUGCCGCCCACCCCAGGAGCUCCCCGAUAGGCAGUUAGUGGUAUCAACAGGCCUGUUCCUGAGAUGAUAUUGAAGGUGUCCUGCUGGCAGGUUGGUAGAGUGCUUGCCCGGAAUGCACAAAGCCCCAGGUCCCAUCCCCAGCACUACAUAAACCAGAUAUGGGAACAUAGGACAUAAACUCAGUACUCAGGAGGUCGAGGCAGGAGGAUCCGAAGUUCAAAGUCAUCCUGAGCUACUUAGUGAGUUCAAAGCCAGCCUGGGACACAUGAAAUCCUGUCUCUGGGAGGGAAAAAAGUUACCUGGGAAAUCAUGGGCAAGACAGAUCGAUAGUAACUACAGUAGCAGAGGACACUUAGGCAAUCUACUUAGCAGCUGGGCCUCAUGCCCACCCUUUCUAGUAUCCAGAGCACCACCCACUCUGACUGCCUGAGAGUUCUAUGCUGCCCCCUUGUGGGCAUUCACUAACCUUGUACCCCGCACAGAGCAGAAAGCUGGAAGUUCCCACCUCUGCAGAAGCUCAGGAAGGACUCCCACCCCAGAUCACACUACCCACCCCAGUGCCACUCCUGGUUCUCCAGAACCCUGUCAUUUUCCCGGGGAUGGUUCCCAAAGGAAGACCUUAGCCAGGGAGUGGUGCAAACGCAAAGGACAGGAUGUCACCCACCCGUCACUAACUAGGGCCGGGGGAUCCCAGAGGACGCAUUCCUUGCUGAGCCACAGCGUCCCAUCUAUAAAACAAGAGCAUCAGGCUGGGUGAGCCAGGCCUGGAGAACCUCAGUCCUGCAAAGAGGACCUAAGAGAGACACUGAGGUUCAGAGCCACAGCUCCUAAAAGGGGCAGAGCAGAGCCACAAGCCACAAGCAUCCACUCCAGUGCCCACCAGAGCAUGGUCACUUGGGUGCAGGAGGCAAAGGGAUCCGACUUUGGCUUAUAAGGGAAGAGAAAGCUAGAUGAGAUGGGCUAUCAGGGUGGGCUUCCAGGGGGAGGCGGUCUUGAAAAUGACAGGCUGAGAGGAAGGUCACGCCAAGAUGUAGCAACUUCAACAGUUCAGCGCAAAGACAUCUUGAGGUGUUGGGAGGCCUGGGUUAGUGUGAAGGGAGUCCAAGACACAUAGGGCAUGGUGUUACGGUCCAGCCUUAGAGAGAACAACAGGGCAAGCACUGGAUUCUAGAAGAGUCAGUUCAGCCAUCAAACCACAAGAGGACUUCCCAGCCACCCCUGCCCUUCCCAGCCAUCACAGUCCUUGUGACUCGAAGGGAGUCCAGACCCUCUUUACUCUCCACCGCUGACACAGAUAAACCAGACUCGCUUCAGCUGCUCAGGACAGCGGGGGUGGAGUUUUUUAUUCUCUGAUUCAUCUUUUCUUUUUUUUUUUCUUUUUUUCUUUUUUUGGAAAGAGUCUCAUAUAGCUCAGGCUGACCUCAAACUCACUGUGCAGUCGGGGAUGACCAUUCUUAAACUUCUGAUCCUCCUGCCUCCACCUCCCAAGGGCUGGGAUUACAGGUGUGCGGCACCCUGCCUGGUUUUUGCAGUGCUGGGGAUGGAAGCUGGGUCUUGGUGCUUGUGAAGCAAGUGCUCUACCCACUGGGCUACACGCUCAGUCCAUCUGCUUCUGAUUGUAGAUGUGUAUGUCCACACAUGGGCAUACUCCACCAGCCAGCCCUGACUCAGAUUCCCAGCCAGUGACUGCUACCACAAAACAAGCUGGAGAAUGAUCUUGGCUCCAGUGAGUUUUUCCUGCCGGGAAACCAGUGUUGGAGUGUUGGGCAGAGGAACAGACUUUGGCCAAAGUGGGUUCAGGGUGUGUCCUCCCCCACCCACCUCCCCCUCAAGCUCGUCUCAGGAGGUUGAAACCUCAAGGACUAAUAGCUGAACACAUUACCCUAUGCCAAGUGCCAAAAUAUUACUGCCCCCUCUUUGCUAGUAAGGAAUGUGACUCUCAGAGGGGACUCCUUGGGGACCCCAGCCAGGCCUUUCACCCACAGCUCCUGCCCACUGGCUAGUUUUGUAAAUCCUUAUAUCACCCACAGAUCAGCACCUCCCCCACUCCCGAGUGUUGAACUUGAGGAUUCCAGGGCUCCCCCAGGCCCCCUGAGUCAGAAUUCCCCAUCUGAAGAGUGGGAGAUUCCUCCCUACCCCUGAGCUCUUCCCCACCCCCCACCCCUAUAACAAACUACGCCAAGUGUACAGAGCAGAGCUUAGGGCGAAGCUUCACAUCAGAUAAGGUGCCCAAGCCCAGACACAAACUAAGUCGCUGGCAGGGGCGGAGGUAAGCCGGACCCUCAGGAAUGUGCUCAGACUGGGCUAGGGUUUCAGGAAAAUUAAAGAGACCCCCACAGCCUCAGAGUCCAGUCGAGUCAAGUUCACAGCAGGAUGACCCCCUCAGGAAAGCUGAUCCGGGGAAGAAGCGGGAACCUAAUACUUCAGAGGGGCCCCUGUAUCCCAGCCAGGACCACCCUGUGGAGACCCAACACCCCAGCGCCACAGUGCAGCCUGCCCUCUUCAUACCUGGCCUGGUGGGCCAGACUAAGGCUGGGCAGGGCUUCUAGGUAAAUCUGACCUUCAAAUCCCCUGAGCCCCCCCAUCCCUGCCACCCAGACAGAGAUGAAGCAGGAGAGCAAAAGGCACCUGGGGCCUAGCACCCCCUGCUGGAGAAAAGGGCUGUGGCAUUGGUAGGAAGGAGAGCAAGGAGGAAGGGCCGGAAAACAUCUCAUAGCCCAGGGCCGCAUCCACUCUGGGCUCUGCUGAGCCAAGAAUUCUAGCAUUCCAAGGGCUAAAAGAGCCUAAGAUUCUAUGAUCCGCCAAACUCAGUCUCCUAAGAUGCCAGUGGAAGAGACCUAUGUUCGUGAGACACCAUCACUAGGUGGUGACUCUGUGCUAAUUCUUGACAUCUUGAGCCCCAUGGUUCCCUGCUCCCCAAACCCAGGGACCCCAGAAGGAAAAAAAAAGCACAAAGAGAUAGGAGAGGAGAGGAAGAGAGAGAAGAGAGGGAAACAGAGAAACACAGACACUGGGAACAGCCUCAUCCUGGAAUCUGGUUAGAGAUGGGCAGAUACAGAACCUCCCUUGGAGUGUGGGGCAGCGUCAACUCUAGGGAGACUCAGAAUGGCCCUCACCAGGCCUGAUUGGAAAAGAGAGCCCAGCUGUUUCAGCUGCCUCUUCAAAACCCUCACGCAGGCUGCAGUACCCACUUGCUGGAGGACUCUGACUGACCAGUGUGGGGCUCUGCUUAGAGUCAGUUGGGGUGAGAUCUCCCUGUACCAGAGAGGAAGCAGGAAGCUGGAGAGGCACCAGACUGCAUUUCCUGUGCCGGUCUCCAUACAAACUUCCUGCUGGGUUCCUUCUCUAGGACACUUGCAGUUUUCAUGGCUGCCGGCACCUGCUCCCUCCGAGGAGCCCUCUCAUCCCUUCCAGUCCUAGCCACUGCCUGCCAGAAUAAGACCAGCCACAAGGAGGGCUGUGAAUGGCCCAGAGCUCUGAGAUCGUCUGUCUGUCCUCCUCUCUAAGGACAGGGACUAUGAUGCCUCAGCAACCGAUCCCAGGUGGACCUGGCCGGGACCCUCACUCUCAAGCAGUCUCUUUGGACUCCAGGGAAGAGCGAUGACCGCUUGGUUUUAAUCACAGCUGCUAUUUCUCCGGUGCCAACAAUGCACCGGGGCUCCGUGCAUCACUUCUAGACACAGCCCCGCAACUCCACGAGACAGGUGCAAUAAUGACAGCCACACCACGGGCUGGGAAGCUCAGAAAGGCACCAUGCUGGCACCCCAGGUCACACAGCCAGCACGUGGGCUUGGAUCCCAGUACCACUCACUUUUCUCACUACGCUCUGCUACCACUGGUCCUCACUCAGCCCUCACCACGGUCAGCUCCUUUGUCUAGAAGAUCCCAGGUCUCCAGGGGGCCACUGCUGUCUUUGCAUGAACCCCCCACCCCCACCCCACCCCAGCUGCUAUCAGAGCCAGAGAGGUGGAUGCCUAGACCCUCUCCAAGAGUCCCACACCUCCACCAGCCUCAGCUGGACAGGCCACAGCUCUCAAUCAGGGACUGGGGUAUCUGGCAGAUUUCACAGGACUGCCCUUUCCUCUGGUCAGUGUCGGGGGUCAAAAAGGGGUGUGGCUGGGGAUCCUUUAGACCCCACUCCUGUGACCAAGAAAAAUCUCACCAGCUGCAUCCAAUGGCAACCUUGACCCUGUUACUCCGAUGUCUUUGUAGGAGUAUUUUUAGCCGAACCUUUUUCUUUUCCAAAAUAAAUGUGAAUUGUAAAAAUAAA